AAGCAAAUGUGGACCAUCUACAAGGAACAUAGUACGUAAAAAGGGUUAAGAAAUGCCACACCCUGACAUCACCCAGCCAGCAUAGGGUUGAAGGGAGGAGAUCCUUCCUGGCAGUCCAAACUAAUCCUUGCUUGGACUAGAUGAACGUCAAGAUCCAUUUCAAGUCUUAUUAUUAUAUACAGGUGGCAUAGAAAGGGGAAGAUUGAAUAGUAAAAUCACUGGCAUACACCCCAGGGAUGUGUUGAGCCCAUGAGCAGGUAAAUGUGGAACACGAGCCCAUCGCUCUGUGGUGGACAGUCUUCUAGCUGCAAGGACAUGGUGAAGCUGGGACGAAGCACAGCUAAGAUAUGUGGCAGUGACAUCUCCUCUGAAGAGCACAGUCCUCAGCAAAAGCCAUUUCAUGGCAUUUUGGCACUUCAGUGAACAUGGAAGGACUUAACGACAAAUAUCACAUCAACAGUUUAAGAGUGACACAAAUUUCAGGAACCAUCGUGGAACUUUUCUAUGCUACCUCCUGGCGUCACCCUAUGGAAUAGUAGCAGUAUCACCUCCAACUGCUCCGAGACGGCAGACUUCCAGUAUCUCCUCUUCCCUGUGGUCUACAGCCUCGUCUUUGUCUUGGGUCUGGCUGGAAAUCUCUUCGUGCUGAGCUACUUCCUUCGGACCAAGUCAGCCACAUCCCCAGCCAAUGUGUUCCUGGUGAACCUUGCCACCAUCGACUUCCUGUUUGUGUUGACCUUGCCGUUCCGCAUCGCUUACCACGCCCUGCAUAAUGACUGGCUUUUUGGAGAAGUUCUCUGCAAAAUCACAGGCUGCCUGUUCUUUGCCAACCUCUAUGGCAGUUCACUCUUCCUGGCCUGUAUAUGUUUGGAGCGCUAUGUGGCUGUAGUACACCCUCUCUGGCACCUGCAGUUCCGAGAGUUCCGCUAUCGGUGGAGCAUUGCCUUGGGGGUGUGGGCAGUGCUGGUGGCAGCCAUUCUGUACCUGGCAUUGCGUGGGCCCCUGACUAGUUCUUUCGCUGAUGGGCGGACAGCCUGCCUUGAGAACUUCUCCUCCAGCUCCUGGAAGGGGCGCAUCUCAGGGGUCAGCAUUUUUGCUGCUGUCGUAGGUUUCUUACUGCCUCUGGUCCUCAUUGGCAUCUGCUAUCCCCUGAUUGCUUGGCGGCUGUUGGCCUCCCCUGGAAUUCAACCAGGAUCACGUGCUGUGAGGCGCAAGGCCCUACGGACAGUUCUGGUGGUCCUGGGAGUCUUCCUGAUCUGUUUUGCACCCUAUCACUUGGUGCAGCUUGUCCACACACUUGGCCGUGUGGGGGUCCUGGGUGGAUGCCCACUUAUCCGGGCCACCUACGUGGCUCGGCGUGUCACCAUGGCACUCACCAGCCUCAAUGCUUGCCUGGAUCCCCUGGUUUACUAUUUUGCUGCUGAGCGCUUUGCCUUGCAGCCGGACUGGUGGCAUUGCAGCUGUUGCCACCUGGAGAGGUUCCAGAGGUCUGUGGGGCUGCAUGUGCUGGCUGCCAGCAAGGGCUCCUCCUCUGGGGAAACUGCUGGCCUUGAAACAGUGCACUCCGCAGGGUCCCCCAUCCCUACUGGCUAGUUGCUUGCUUCACUUUGCAGGUGGUGGACCUAACCAUUUAUUGUACCAAUUACGUGCUGUACAUGGGCUUGUUAGCUUGUGGAUUCCUGGAUGUCAGAAUGUCAGAAGAAAGACAAGCAUGAGCAAAGGAGGCAGCGGUUGAAUUCUCUUCACAUUAUUUCCUCUUUGAUUAGCAAGAUACCCUUUUUGCAGAACCUCCCGCCUUCCUAUCAAAACUAUGCUUCAGGAAAAGGCCUGGAAAAUGACAGGAACAAAUGAACUUUGUUGAAGAAAGUCACCCCCAGAAUUUCCAAGCACAUGAAGCAUCAAUACUAAAUGGAGAGCAAUGGGGGCUGGCAAAUUUUCAUCUUUCGUUAAGGAGAAAUCAUAGAAUCCUAUCACUGUGUGUCAUUGUUGGGCCAUUAUGUUGUGAAUGUGUGUGCAGAAGCAUGUCCAAUGCAGUCUUUGAUCAAUGCAUGUCCCUGGCUGUGUUCUCCACUCUCUUCCUGCUUCCUUAACCCCAUAAAAAGGCAAUCCUUCCUCAUUUUUUCAAUAACAAGAUGAAUAAUUCCUCAUUUGUACCUGUUUACAAUUCAGUGUCUGGUUUACAUACAAACUUAUUCAACUGAAGAUCUUUAUACCAUUAAAGAAACUAUUUUAAUUUUAAAGGUUUAAAUUCCCUGCCUGAAAUUCUUAAACACAACUACAGCAAUGCAGAGUGUUGUGGUUUCAGCAAGUAGUAGAGCAGUCCUAUAUUCUAACAAUGUGGGGCAAGAGAGGUAAAUCUUUGCUAGAUCCAUGAAAUGGCUGCUGUUUCAUCUACGUUAGUGGUGUAGAAGCAUCCUUUCUGCCCCUUUACUGCAGCUCCUCAAUUAUAAUCUAUUGGGGUGGGAACCUACCUGCAGAUGAGAUUCAGUGGGAUUCCAAGGCUGACAGAAUAGGCCCACACACCUUCUGCCCACUCUUUUUCCUUCCAUUUCUAAAACUUAGCACAUACCUAUCCUUUCUCCCCUCCCACUAUGCUCCAUGCCUCAUUGUGAAGGAAAGAUAGACCAAAGAGAGAAAGAACAGAGUGAGCCGUCCCCUCAAAUAGAGACAUCGGAGCGAGUGAGAGAGAGAGAGAGAGACAGACAGACAGAGACAGAGACAGAGACAGAGACAGAGACAGAGAGAGACAGAGAGAAAUAGGAGGAAGGAAGACAAUAGAGAGUGAGGAAUUGAUGGUAGAAGAAGGGGAAGGAAAGGAACCAAAAGGGAGAGAAGAAAAGAUUGAAAUCUGUCUGGUGGAAGAGGGGGAAGGAAAAGGAGAGGAGGAGUUAGUUCUGCCAGUAUAGGAAGAGGAUAUAAGAGAUCAACGUGGGAGGAGAGAGUUUAGUGUACCGAGGAGAGAGAAAGUGAAGGAGGAGGGAGAUAGAAGAAAAAAGAUGAACACAGAUAUGGAAAAGUGUGUGGGUUAUUAGAAGAUUGCCCUAAUCUAAAGGUAUGAGGAUUAUUACCUGACCCCGACCUAGCUAGGGAAAAGAGAGCAUCGACAGAACCACUAGAAUGGAUGGUUGUGGCCUUUCCAUGGGGACAAGGUCACUUGAGGAAGGUGAUCCAACCAGAUCAAUCCUACAGCUAACCACUACUGGAGGGAGGCUGGGCCAGACACCCUUGCUGUGGAACAAUAUGCGCGGUGUGGAGUGCUCCGUUGAGGAAACCCACCAACCGGGAAUGUUUUGGACCAGCCCCUCAAUGAAACCUACCCAAUUUGCAGACGGAUUUUUCAUCUUCACACUAUGGACAGUUACCUCAGUUGUUUCGAACCCUUAGAAGUUGUUGUAGAAUCACCAAAUGUUAAAUCAAAUAAAUCUGUUGAUGUU